AGUUUAUUAACCGGUCUCAUCAUCCAAUAUGACUACCAUAUGGCAGGUGCCUACCCUACAUAAGUAGAUGAUAAAUAACUUGCGCAACUUCCUAAGACGAUGUAGUAAUCGAGCAGUUUCAUAUUUCAUGUUUUUCAUCCAGGAGUGUCUGGAUUUGUUUGAACUUGACAAUAGAUUCCUCAUUUCACAAAAAAACAAUCAAGCAUCUAGUGACAGUUCCACAUCAUAUUCUAACAACUUUAUGACCCAAGAACUCUUCACACGAUGCGUCUCUCACUGCCUUUCCUUGUCUUGAGUGGCACCGCUAUGGCGGUCUCCCAUCUUUCUUCCUCCAAAGAGGACCUUUCAUUGAAUGAGCAAGAUGUAGAGGUAGCCUCAUUCGCCGUUAAGCCUUACGACGGUCCUGCUGGCACUCUUUCAUUCCAUUGGAAUGAAACACUCCAGUACCUCAACAAGGACUUGGGAAUCAACAUGGCCCAACUGCAGAGCCACCAAGAACUCUUUACCGGCAAUUCGAGCGAAGGUUACACCUUCCCGGGUGGCAUCAUUUCCUGGGAUACCACUGAACAAAACGACACUUCUUUGUCGCCCGGUACACUUGAACAAGUUACCUGUAAUCAGUGCGUUGACAUAUGCUUUGGCACUUCCGUAGUUCCCUUCGGAUUUAUCGCUUGCCUCAUAUGCAUCUUCUCGUCUUGUCCCCCCCAAAGCCGACCUCCUUAAUAGGGCUUAAAGCUUCCGAAUUACCUAGCUUGCAGAUGGAUUGACACAUGAGUGGAAAUAGGGCACACUAACACCUUUCAUGCUGUAUCAAAGGUCGGGAAUUCUAU